AUGCUGUGGCCAGAUUUCCUCUGUCCACUCUUUUUUCUGAGUGUCGGCGUAGCUGCGACGAAUGCUUUUGGGGCUUUCAAUCCCAAAGCUAACCAUUUCAGCCUUUACAAGUCAGGACCCAGCCCUCAGUACAGCUCUGGGAAACCCACUGCCCGACACAUAAACCACUGUGCAUAUGUAAUAGAGAAGAGUGUGUCCUACACUAUUCAGGAUGGGGUGGCCCCUUAUGUGAAGGCGGAGUACAACAAGUGUGCAUGGGGGAAGAAGUGUGCUGCACUUAAGUACCGGAUGGUCUACAAGCCAUUGUUUAAAGUGAUACACAAGACCAUGACUGAGUUAGAGUGGCGCUGUUGUCCUGGAUUCACUGGCAUUGAUUGUAAUGUAGGACCUGCAGCCUAUGGAAUGAAGGCAAUGCCCCCAUUCAAAGGUCCUAUGCCAUCUCACAAGGGUCCUAUGCCAUCUCACAAGGGUCCCCAGCCAUCCAUUAAAGGACCUAUGCCACCCUUCAAGAGGCCAAUGGCUGCUUUCAAAGGACAUACACCUUCAUAUAAAGGUCCAGUGGUUCCUUUCAAGGGGCCAAUGCCUUUAUAUAAGGGCCCAGAACGACAAUCCAACUACAAAGGAAACCCCUGGAAUCAACCUCACGUGCCAUCCAACAGAAUCGGUGGCUAUUCAGACCCUGAAGUUGUGCCUUCCUAUCCUGAAACCACAUUUGGGCCUUAUCCUGACCAUCAGGACCCUGAGAUGGUAAAUCCUGACACAAUACCAGAAGAGCACAACCCACUGACUGAGGAUCAGGAUAUUUUAACUGAUCCCAUUCCAGAUGAUCUCGAGUCAGUAACAGACUAUCAAGAUCCCUUGCCAGAUCACCAUACUUCAAUUCUUCAAGGUUCAGAGACAGAACCAAUUCCUGUGGCACAGGCGCCCUCUGGUGACAGAGAGCUAAACCGUGACACUGAAGAAGACAGUGCCACAGUUGACCGCUUGAACCGCAUGGAGGAGGAUGUGCAGCGACUCUCACUUGGUCUCGAGACUCUUCGUGGUAAAAUGACUGGCUUAGAAGACCACCUACGUGCCUCCCUCCGGGAAGACGCCAAUCGCAUGCUCUCUGCCCUCCUGUCUGCAGCUCCAGCCCCAGUUGCUGCUACAUCUCAACACUCUGCUGUUGGUUUUGGAGACCUGCCUGGUGGGGCACCUGAUAUCGAAGACAUGGACAUGGUAGGGCAGUUCCCAAGCUUGGGUGAACUGGCAGAAAAAGUGGAAGCACUACACACAGAGCUAUUAGCUAAAAGCACAGAGUUGGCAGAGUUGAGAGGGACGGUCCUAGACCACAAUGGGACCCUACAGAGGCUAAAUAGUGGAGCAGUGAACCUCACAGUCUCUCCACAAGCCCUAGAGACACUGGUGGAUUCAAAACUUAGUGAGGUAAGGGUAGCCAUCCUAGAAGGCUUUGAAAAGCAAGUGGAGCAUGCAGAAGAGCGGUGUGAGGGCCGGGCCACGGAAGUGCAUCUGCAGUGUAAGAAGGAGCUAAUGGAGGGACAGGGGCAGCUGGAGCAGGUCCUAAAUAGAACUUUGGUGGGCUUGAGGAAGGAGUUUGGAAAUUUUCAUGGUCAGCUGCAAGGCCUGGAACCUGCGGAAGCCUGUUGCACUGCAGUGUCAGGCCUGACUGAAAGGCUGGUUCUGCUGGAGCAGUCAAUGGAUGGUUUGAAUCAGUCCCAAGCACACCUUCAAGCUGAACUAGGAGGCCACAAGGACCACAUGGAGGGCAUGAUAGAGGGUAGAUUGGGCUAUGUGGAAGAAAAGCUGAGCAUGACUGAGAAGCACCUGGGAGCUGUAGGUAGUGGAACAUCUGUUAACCCUGAGGUAUGCCUGGAAGAAAAAAUGAAGGCCCUUGAAAGUCGUCUCUUUGCAGCAGUAGAGGAACUUGGUAAUGCCACAGUUCCAGCUCUGUUGGAAGGCCACGCAGUACCCACAUUAGAAACAGAAGUUGAGUCCCUCAGAAAAAGGGUCGAGGUGGAUGUGGACCGGUUUCAAAAACAGCUUAGCUCUCUGGAGCUUCUUUGCACUUCCACUUGUGCCCCACAACCUGUUUUGACAGGAUUUGUUGCACCACUCCUAACCACAGAAGAGGAAACCAAAGAAAACCACAAAGACUUAAAUGAACAACUUAAUGCACAGACCAAACGUUUGGACCAUCUGAAUGCCACUCUGAACUCGUUGCUUGUUCAGUUAUCUGAAAGACAGGAAGAGAAGGGACUUGAGAGUGAGGUGACCCUGCUGAAGGUGAGCGUGCACUCUGUCAACCGCACUAUUUGCGGGCUAAAGGACACACUUGGGAAGGUGGUAGAAGAAGUGGGACAAGUCAACUUCACCUGGCAGGACCGCGAGGAGAGGCUAGCACAGCAAGUUAAAGGUGUUGUGCAGCUGGUUGGCCGACAGGCCUCUAUGUUGGGGGCAGGAGAAAGGAGGCUGACCCGUCUGAAGGGUGAGCUGCAGGAUCUGCGGCGGAGGCUGGCUGCAGAGCUCCAAGGGUGCCGCUCCACUGCCCUUGGUGUCCAGAAAGAGGUCACCGAAGUUGGGGGACGCGUGGCCCGUGUGGAGGGUCAGUGUGGUGGCUUGGCACAGUUGACUGAAGACUUGGAGCUUAUUCGAGGGGAACUGGACAAGCAUUCAGAAGGAUACUUGUCCCAGAUCAACACCACACUGGUCAGUCAUGCCCUCCAGCUGUCUGAGCUUAAAAAUGGACUUCAGAACUGCACUGGAUUCUCCAAGUUUACAAAGUCAACAGGGGACCACUUUGUGACAACAACACAACCAUGGGUAGAACAUCUUACAGCUCAACCAAUCUAUCCAAGAGGAGACCAGUUUACAGACCCUACACAGCUGAGAGAUGUCCGGGAACUCAGGCAAACUCCAUAA